AUGUCAUCUAUCGUGUGCCACCCACUAAUCGACACUCAAAACGGAAUCGCCACUGAUGCGCGCAUCAAAAAGCAGAGACCACCACCACUUGUUGUUUCCAGACCCAGAGACUUGAUCCAAGAAUCAUGUGAACGGCUAGUUCUCAGCGAUCAACAGCUCCGCCGGAUUAUGACGUUGAUGGAGAAGAGUAUGGAGCAAGGACUUUCUGCUUCCAAGAAAAAUGUGGCCGUCAAAAUGUUGCCGACAUACGUCGAUGCUGUUCCCAAUGGAACUGAGAAAGGCGAUUUUCUAGCACUGGAUCUUGGCGGUACAAAUUUUCGCGUUCUUCACAUUAAACUGGAGGGAAAGGAAACAAAAAUGACUGGAAAAAUCUUCCGUGUUCCAGAAAGUAUCAUGAGAGGUACCGGUGAAGCGCUCUUCGAUCAUAUUGCCGAUUGUAUGGCUAAAUUCAUGGAGGAGAACAACUUGAAGGAUGCUCCGAAGCUCCCACUCGGAUUCACUUUCUCGUUCCCAUGUGAACAGGAUGGUUUGACCAAAGGGAAACUGGUUACCUGGACUAAGGGAUUCAAAGCGUCUGGUGUUGAAGGAGCUGAUGUCGUCACGAUGCUCCGUGAUGCUUGUCAUAGACGCAAGGAUAUUGACAUUGACGUUGUCGCCCUUCUCAAUGAUACAGUUGGAACUCUUAUGGCAUGUGCAUUCCAAGAGAAUACUUGUCAAAUUGGAGUUAUUGUCGGAACUGGAACCAAUGCAUGCUAUAUGGAACGUCUCGACAGAAUUCCAAAGUUGGCUGGAUACGUCGAUGAGCAUGGUGUGACUCCAGAAGAGAUGAUUAUCAACACAGAAUGGGGCGCAUUCGGAGACGAUGGAACGAUGGAUUUCUUGAGAACAAAAUGGGAUGAUGCUGUGGAUAGAGAGAGUAUCAAUCCAGGACAGCAUCUUUACGAAAAAAUGAUUUCUGGAAUGUAUAUGGGAGAAUGUGCUCGGGUUGUUCUCGAAGAUCUUGCUAAACAAGGACUUCUUUUCGGAGGACACUCUGAUGCUAUCUCAAUUCCUCAUUGUUUCCCAACGAAAUUCGUCUCUGAAAUCGACAGUGAUCUCUUGGAAGAUGACGAUCGUACCUUCCAGAAGACAUACCAAAUUCUCGAAGAUAUUGGUGUUGAAAUGAUCACUGCAAAUGAUUGUGCCAACGUGGCAUAUGUCUGCAGUCUGAUCUCAACACGUGCUGCUCAUCUCACUGCCGCCGGAAUCGCCAUGCUCCUCAAUCGGAUAAAUAAGAAGCAUGUGACAGUUGGAGUUGAUGGAUCUGUAUAUCGAUUCCAUCCAACAUACCCCACCCUCUUGGAUGCUAAAAUUGCAGAAUUGAUUGUUGGUGAUAUUGAGUACAAACUGAUGCUGUCGGAAGAUGGAUCAGGACGUGGAGCAGCUCUUGUCGCUGCCGUCGCUACUCGUCUCAAAGAAGAAAAACUUGCUGCACUUUCUUCUUCUUCCUCUUCAUCAAACUAA